AUGGAACGAAAGGCGCUCGAAACGUUGCUCAAUCUGGAUGAGAUCGAAGAUGCCGCCACGAAAAUAGUGAAUAAAAAGGCAUGGGCCUAUUAUUAUUCGGCAUCCGACGACAAGAUCAGCAAGCGCAAAAACAACGAAGUCUACCGCUCCAUCCAAUUGCGGCCAAAGGUCUUCAUCGACUGUACACAAUGCGACUUGAAGACAAAAUUGCUAGGAAAUCCCGUGUCUCUCCCAAUUUAUGUUUCCCCAGCGGCUAUGGCCCGCCUAGGGCACCCCACUGGUGAAGCAGGAAUCGCAGAAGCAUGUCGCAGCUUCGGUGCAAUGCAGAUCAUUUCCAACAGCGCGUCGAUGACGCCCGAGCAGAUCGUCGCAGGCGCCGCCCCGGGCCAAGUCUUUGGCUGGCAACUGUAUGUGCAGAACGACCGAACCAAGAGCGAACGUAUGCUGGCUCGAAUCAACAAGUUGAGUGCAAUCAAAUUCGUGACCCUGACACUGGAUUCCCCCGUGACUGGGAAAAGAGAGGACGACGAGCGCAGCGGAAACGUCAUCGCUUCCGAGGCUCCAUUCCAGGGUGACAACAAUGAGGGCGCGCCACCCACCCAGUCUGGAGACCCCGUAUUCAAGGGAAUGGACCCUUCGCUUACAUGGAGAGAGACCCUCGGCUGGUUGGCAAAGCACACUGAUCUUCCGGUUGUUCUCAAGGGCAUUCAGACACACGAAGACGCGUAUAUUGCCACGCAACAUACGCCCCAGGUCAAAGGAAUUAUCCUUUCAAACCACGGUGGUCGGUCUCUUGACACGGCUCCUCCUGCUGUCCACACCCUACUCGAAAUCCGGAAAUACUGCCCCGAGGUCUUCGACAAGAUCGAAGUGUGGGUCGAUGGCGGGAUCCGGAGAGGAACUGAUGUGGUCAAGGCUCUUUGUUUGGGUGCUCAUGGUGUUGGGCUAGGAAGAGCUCCGCUUUGGGGUUUGGCGGCCGGGGGGCCGGACGGCGUCAGAAGAACACUGGAAAUCUUGACUGAGGAGACCAAGACAUGUAUGCGACUUCUCGGCGUGCAGAAUGUUAAUGAACUCGGGAAACAGCACAUAAACACUCGACUGGUAGAGAAACAGAUCUACGAUGGACCAUCUGGUCUUGAGGCCUGUCGGUCGAAAUUGUAG